AUGGCUUUGCUUCUCACAGCAGUUUAUGCUGGAGAGCAAGUGACAACCUGUGAUUGGUAUCGUUUAAACAUCCAUCGCCUGCACUGUGAUCAUGGCGUGAUCAACGUGGAGCAGGCUUUGUAUGGUCGCUCAAGUUCACUGAUCUGCCAUGAGGGCAAAUCUCAUAAAGAGCUGGCUAACGUACGGUGUGCUCAGCAAGGCACUUUCGACAAAAUUAAGACAAGAUGCAAUGGAAAGACGGUGUGCGAAGUGGGCAUCAAUGACUUGCGCAACCCCGAUCCAUGUCCUGGCACCUUCAAAUAUUUGCAAACAAACUUCACCUGCUUGUAUGCAUUUACUAGUGUGGCGUGUGAACAGUCAGAGGCAUAUUUGUAUUGUGAUCCACAAACUGUUAUUUUGGUCUACGGUGCUGACUACGGACGCCGUGACCGAGUGACGUGCGCAAACAAAAGGCAGCUAAAAGAGAUUGAAAAUACAAACUGUCUGCACCCAACGGACAUUGUCGCCUCAAGGUGCAACGGAAAACACAGCUGUAGGAUCGCAGCCACCAAUUAUUUGUUUGGAGACCCCUGUGUAGGCACCUACAAGUACUUGGAAGUUUCUUACACAUGUCACUCUCCAGGGAGUGAUCUCAAAAAUGCUUACUAAAUUUGUGGUUACAGUACCUGCAUUUUUGAGUCCAUUGUGCAACUGUACACUUGCUGGUCCCAUACU